AUGGAGGGUCCUCGCCAGCAGCCUCCUCCUCCUCCUCCACCGUCCAAAGACGGAGGGCAGCUGGGGUGGGGCCGCACUGUGCCCUCCUUCGGUUCUGUGGUGGCCUCUGCCGGCUCCUGGCUCGCCGCCUUGGGCGGCAGUAGUGGGGCCACGAGCGGUGGUGGUGGUAGCGGGGGUGCAGGAGAGUGGGCGGCGGGGGUCGUGGAGCGAUUGCUGCAGUCCGUGGCCCCAGGCGCCCAGCAGCAGCUGCUGCAGUUGCAGCAAGGCCCCGCCCACAACAAGGGGGACGUGCGCCUGCUGCAGGAGCAGUGCACCAAGCAGCAGUUCGGGGUGGGGCGCCUCCUCCGCCACCGCUUUCACCUCUUCACCUCGGGCUGCCCCGAGCUCCUCCACGACCUCGCCCUUCUCCAAUGUCGUAUGCCGGCGGGGUGCGUGGGGCUGGCGGACGUGGCCAGCCAGCGGGACUUUCGGGAGCUCCUCGAGCAGGGCGCGAUGCCCCACCUUGGGCAGCAGCAGCAGCAGCAGCAGCGGACGGGCGGUUCUGCCAGCGAUCGCGACGUGGUGGCCUGCCUCCAGUUCUUCGAUACGAUCGGGCUGUGGCUGGCCAAGUCCCUGGUAACCCACGGGGCAGGGGGACGCCAUGCGGGAGGGUCCAGCGAAGCGACGUCGCCCGUGCCGACGAACGUGGAGGGGGUGCGGUACUUUCUGGCCUCGCUGGAGGCGCUGUCCGAUCGCCAGUUCUUCGCGGGCAUGGCCUGCACCAAGCUCUGGUACCUCUACGACCUGGGCAAGCUCCUGCGGCUGGUGACCAAUGUGCUGUACAAGUGGAACGACGCAUCCCUCAUCACGGUGCUGUGCACGGCGGAGGGCUUCCCGGACAUGUGGGCUCUGCUCAAGCUCACCAAGCGCUUCAGCGAGAAGCUCCAGCAGCUCGCUCUGCCACCCGAAUACGCCCACGCCUUCCAGGCCUUCUCCAUCCUCCACAAGCUCACGCUCACCUACCCGGCCACGAGCCUCUCCACCUUCAAGUUUGCCU